UUCCUCGCUGAGUUUCUGCUGCGCUGAGACUUCGCCGCCGCCGCCGCCGCCGCCCUUUCCCUUGGCGAGGUGAAACGGCGGAACUGCACGCGGUGCGGAGUGUUUAGGGCUGCUCGGGGUCGUUUUCUCCUCCGGCACCCUGCUACACACAAAGCCAUGGGGUUUAAGGAGCCCGGCGUGCCUUUGACUCUUCUGCUUUGGAUUACGGCUUCCUGGGGCUGCGCUGCCGGGGCCGGAGAGGUGGCGGCGGCUCGCCGGCAGGACGAGUUCUUCUCCGCGGCCAGUAUUUAUGGAGCCAGAUGCAGCUCCAGGUGUCUCAGCUUGCAGAUUACUCGUAUCUCCGCCUUUUUCAAGCAUUUCCAGAAUAAUGGUUCCUUGGUUUGGUGUCAGAAUCACAAACAAUGUUCAAAGUGUUUGGAACCUUGCAAAGAGUCCUGGAACCUGAAGAAAAACCAUUGCCAAAGUUUUUGCGAGCCUCUUUUCCCCAGGAAGAACUAUGAAUGCCUAACUAGCUGUGAGUUCCUGAAAUACAUCCUGUCAGUGAAGCAAGGAGACUGUCCAGCACCUGAGAAGGCCAGUGGCUUUGCAGCUGCCUGUGUUGAAAGCUGUGAGGCUGACAACGAAUGCUCUGGGGUGAAAAAGUGCUGUUCCAAUGGGUGUGGACAUACGUGUCAAGUGCCCAAAAAUCUAUAUAAAGGUGUUCCUUUAAAACCCAGAAAGGAAUUAAAAUUUAGUGAACUUCACUCUGGACAACUGGAAAUUAAAUGGUCUUCAAAAUUCAAUAUCUCCAUUGAACCUGUGCUCUAUGUGGUACAAAGGAGAUGGAAUUAUGGGAUUCAUCCUAGUGAGGAUGAUGCAACAAGUUGGCAAACUGUAGCACAGACCACAGAUGAGAGAGUACAAUUCUCUGACAUCAGGCCCAGCAGGUGGUACCAGUUUAGAGUAGCAGCCAUAAAUGUGCAUGGAACAAGAGGUUUUACAGCUCCCAGCAAACACUUUCGCUCCUCAAAAGAUCCAUCAGCUCCACCUGCUCCAUCUAAUCUCAGGAUUGCCAACUCUACAGUAAACAGUGAUGGAAGUAUAAAUAUAAGGAUUAUUUGGGAUGUCCCAGAGGAACCUGAUAUUCCAGUCCAUCAUUACAAAAUCUUUUGGAGCUGGACUGUCAACAGCAAGGCUCUUGUCCCAGCAAAAAAAAAGAGAAGGAAGACUACAGAUGGAUUCCAGAAUUACGUGAUCCUUGAACGCCUUCAGCCCAAUAAUAAUUACAUGGUGGAACUGCAGGCAGUUACCUACUGGGGUCAGAUACGGCUGAAAAGUGCGAAAGUGUCUCUCUACUUCAGUUCUACUCAGACAACUGUCAACAACAAAGAAUGGAUAUCUACCAUUGAAAAAGCAAGUGAUGUUGUUCCAUUCUUCAAAGGAAGUAGACUUAAUCAUCUUCUUGAAACUGGAGUGCCUUUUUACCAAGAUGACCAGCUUCAAGUGAAAGUCUACUGGAAGAAAACAGAAGAUGCCACCAGCAGGGAAGGAUAUCAUGUUCAGUGGUUCCCAGAAUUAUGUUCUCACAACAAUACAGAAGAGCCUGAAAAAUUCAAUGGUAUAACAUACGAAAACUAUAUAAUUCUUCAGAACCUGUCCUUUUCAUGCAAAUAUAAAGUUACAGUUCAGCCAGUAAGAUCCAAAAAUCGGUUGAAAUCUGAAAGCAUUUUCUUUAUGACUCCACCUUGUUCUGAUCUUAAAGGGAAAAAACACAAGCAUGUUAGCUGCCUGGCUGACGGAGAUCCUGUUAUCUCAAAAGUAUUGGCAAAACCAGAGAAUCUUUCUGCUUCUUUCAUUGUUCAGGACAUUAAUAUUACAGGCCAUUUUUCCUGGAAAAUAUCAAAAGCAAAUCUUCACCAACCAAUGACAGGGUUUCAAGUCACUUGGGCAGAAGUCACAACAGAAAGCAGGCAAAACAGCUUACCAAACAGCAUUAUCUCCCAGUCACAAAUAUUGCCAGUAGAUCACUAUAUGUUGACAGUACCCAACCUAAGACCAUCAACUCUUUACCGUUUAGAGGUUCAAGUGUUAACCACAAGUGGUGAGGGACCAGCUACAAUAAAAUCAUUUCGAACACCCAAUUUGCUGAUGUCUCCACACAGACCUCAUCUGAAGCAGCACCAUCCACGUCACUACAAACCACCACCUGAAAAAUACUAAGUUGCCCUGAAUUAUUAACCAGCUGGAAAACAAUGCAAACUGAGUUCUUGAAAGAAAACCAGAAAAAUGCAUUUUUAUUGAAUUACAGAAUGAGCUAUUGUUUUAGUGAAUGUUUACCAUGUAUGAAUUGUGUAUAAAUCUGUAUGAAAUGGACUGAAG